CGGCGAACUCAAAAUCCUUCAAAAUCGCUCAAAAAAACAGCUUUUGAGGCAAAAGGACGACAACAUACCACAGGUAACUGAGGUAAUUCAACGUUUAUUUAACAUGGAUUUAUAUACAUACUUAGCGAUAUAUCGCUAUAGGUGAAAUAAACGGUAUUUCCAGUACAUUUACCAAAGAUAACAAUCGGUUACACACAGAGACUGCGUGCGUUCCCUGUGGCAGAACUAUGCAGCCGGGAUACGUGGGAACUAUCUCGAAUCUUCAGGUUGUUUUGAAUACCCAAAAAAUCCCUACUUAAAUCAAGUUACCAAAAAAGAAAUACUUUCCCACAUUUUCCUACCCCCAAAAAUCCCGAGAUCAAAAAUUUCAAACCCUCCAAAAAUCCCGAGAUCAUUCCUGUCACUUGAAAUCCGGAGUAACCCCCUCCCCUCUUUCUCUGGGCCCUAUGGUUAUGUGGUUAUUGCAGGCAGCUAGUUCUCUCAUUUUACUUUCAAUAUUUUCUUUGUCUUAAGUUUUUUUUGAGCAAGAGUGAGCUCAAAUAAUAAAGAUUGUAAGUUGUUAUUGUUGUUGAUGACCUUAGAUAUAUCGUAAUUUUUCUUUGAGGAUCGUUACUAGUUCUCAUUUUUCUUCACAGUAUCGGUGCUUCCUAACAUUACCUACAACGCCACGGAACCUGGCAGUGGAGGUUUGCAUUCCAUACCACCAAAUAUUCAAAUCGGAGUCACCAUAUUCGCGGUAUUGAUUUUUAUCAUUGCGCUGAUCGGUAACAUUUUGGUAAUUUAUAUCGUCUGUACGGUAAACCACAUGCGCAGCUCAACCAACACGCUCGUCGCCAACAUGGCCGUUGCUGAUCUGUUGAUGACUAUAGACAUACCGUACUUACUUAAAUUUUUCUACGUCCAUGAUAAAUGGUUUGGAACCUUCAUUGGCACCGUGUUAUGCAAGUUUUUUAGCUCUGCUCAAGUGGGAUCUAUAAUAGCCUCAGUGUUUAGUUUAGUGGCAAUUUCUCUCGAUCGAAGUUUUGCUAUCUUGUUUCCGAUGAAGACGGUUAUGACUAAGAACGCUGUACGUUUUGCGAUCGCUGUGGUCUGGCUAGGAGCGCUGGCUUUCUCACUUCCAGUCAUGGUGGCAUCUAAAACUGUGCAAUUUAAUGGUACGGAUUUUUUGGAUUGCGCAGAGUUCUGGGCGCCAAUGUCAGCAUCCACUUACAGCCUAGUUCUUAUUAUAGGUGGGUACAUCAUUCCACUGAUAAUCAUUGGUGUUGUCUACAGUUUAGCGGGAAUACGUCUCUGGAGUAGACAACUUCCUGGCCAUAAAAAUGUGAUCUCAAACAAAAAAGCACAGUCGUCCAGCAGGCGUGCGACAGCUAUGUUGAUAACUGUCAUUAUUGUCUUCGCCCUCUCUUGGCUGCCUUUUCAAGCUUUCGAGAUGCUUAGUGGAUACAACAGGCCAAUGUAUUACUCGCUUCCUUUUGAAUUGCGGCUCAUCACACCGUGGCUUGCUUUCGCUAACAGUGCCAUUAACCCAAUUCUCUAUGUGAUAUUCUCUGAGAAUUAUCGAAAGGAGUUCUACCGAAUUCUUUGUAGAGGACCGAGUAGGAAGGACUGCAACAGGAAGGCAGUUAUUGAAGGUGUACGUGCACAAAGGGAACAGCCUAAACGCAGUGAACGUCACUAUAAAUCGACUCAUUCGAUUCAAUGUUUGCCUGCUGAUAUACCUCAGAAUUUCGACUCCCGCGAAAGUGGGUUGCCUGCCAAUAAACAGAGGGCCCUUGAUUCAAGUGAACGUUCUUUGGCAGUUGACACGGCGCCGACUUGCGAGUCCACUAAAAGUCGUUUGGCUUCAAAUAUACCACUGACUGGCGAUUCCUCUGAGCAGCCCAGCUCCUUGGGUCUUGAUAAGCCAUUGACCGCAAAGUCUCCUGAAGUCUCAUUACCAGUUUUGGAAAUUCCAGUGAUCCAUGUGUGUCGUGGAAAUUCUCUGACUGAUAAUAAAUCAGUGACCUGUGAGUCUCUGAAAGAGUCGUUGGCUGCCAAUUUACCGCUGACCGUUCAUAAGUCUCCUGUAAGCGCGUUAACAGCCAACAUAUCGCCAACUUGUGAUAGCCAUCAAAGGGUAUUGACUGUGGAGCUGACGCCUUCUACUAAAUCCUGUCGAUGCUAUACAGUUACAAAUAUGCCUGUCGAUGAGGUCUGUGUAAAUAUGGAGAACAAUAAACUUUAA